AUGGCUUCAGCUCUCAUCUCCGCCUCUCAAGGUGGCCGGAGGACUCAACACAUUGCAAAAGACUCGAGCCAUGUGUUAUCUCGUCGUCGACCACGCUUGCAGCAAUGGCUGGCUCUCUUCCUCACACUUCUCUCUUUCCUCUCAGUAGCGAACGCGGCGUCGAUCACCGCGGAUAUCGCGGCAACUGAGACCCUGCUGGUGGAUCAACGAAUCCCGAUCCUAGAAGACGGGGGUUGGACCAUGCUGUCCCAGGAAGAACAUGAACUCAGACGGCACAAGAGAGCUGCAUCCGAAUCUGUAACGACGACGAUUAAAGUUCCAGUGACGACUAUCACCCAGCAGACUCGAGCAAACGCCGCUCCAGCAAGCCCUCUGCCAAGUCCUUUUGAUAGCAACCUCGCGUCCAAUUUCUCUCGCAAUGGAGAUGGCAAUGGCGCUUGCCCGUCCUUCAUCAACGCGUUCCUGACGGACCCUACGUUCAAGCAGUGCUAUCCCAUCUCCACACUUCUCCAGACGUCGCGGUCGUUUUUCGAGGCAUCCAAGUCCCUUGUCAGCAUAACACAGGUUCUCGACGCCUCAUGCUCUGCCAACGUGACUACAUGCUCACCGUAUCUCAAAACGCUUGCCAAGAGGCUCAUCGAUCCAGAUGUUUGCGGCACUGACUAUCAGCUCCGCAACUCGAUCGUUGUCCAGGCUUACCUUGGUAUGAGCGCCUACGAGUCGCUCUAUCAAGCAACGUGUCUGAAGGACCCGGAAACGUCCAUGUACUGCUACGCCAAUGCAGUGACGAAUCUGUCGACUCCCUCCAAUGUCUACUUCUACUACUUGCCGCUCAACAUGACGUUGCCUCGCAGCUCUACUCCGACAUGCAAUACGUGCCUGCAACGAACCAUGGCAAUCUUUCAAGCCGCGAGCGCGAACCGGAAGCUCGCCAUUGCUGACACAUAUGUUCCCGCUGCGCAGCAGGUCGAAGCAUUCUGCGGCCCGGAGUUCGUCAAUGAUACACUGCCAGUGGCGAUUGUCGCCAACGCGGCGCCCGGCAGUCCUCGACAAGGACCGUCAUGGCUGAUCCCAGUCAUCCUACUGGUUGCUGCUGUUCAUUGGUUGCUGUAG